CAAAUAGAUGUUGCUUCACCUGUUUUGUCUAAAGUAGAACCUAAAUAUGAAGCUGUUCAAGUAUCUGAUAACAGACAACAAUCUGAUCAAAAUCUUCCAUCUGAGUUCCUUACUUUCACAUCUCCACAAAAACUCCCUUUAGGAUUCAGCAAAAACUUUGACUCUUACGAAAUCAUGCCUCCGGUUGGUAGUCCAUGUGCUUUGUUUCGCGAUUUACUUAAUCCAUACAUGUCAUAUAAUGUCAAUGGUUCUUGUCCUGAUGAUGAACUUCUAGCACAAAAGUUGCUUCUUAAAGGUUGUGAGCCACUUCCUCGUCGUAGAUGUCGUGCAGCUGCUCAACAAGAAUAUGUUGAGCCUUAUCCAAUUCCUGAGAGUUUUUGGACAACACCCUCUGAUUCCUCUGUAGUUUGGAGUGCAUAUACUUGCAAAAACUACGAUUGUCUAAUCAAUCGCGUUAGAAAUCAGAAAGGAUUCGAUGAUUGUAAAGAUUGUUUCGAUCUAAAUGGCAAAGAGAAAUCGCGUUGGACAGCGAUAACUGGUACUCGUCUUGACUUCUCUAUUGAUGAAGUGUUAGCAGUAAAAAAACCAGGAACAAUAAGAAUUGGACUCGAUAUUGGAGGUGGUGUGGCUACAUUUGCAAUAAGAAUGAGAGAAAGGAAUAUUACAAUUGUGACCACUUCAAUGAACCUAAAUGGUCCUUUUAAUAACUUUAUAGCUUCAAGAGGAGUUAUACCAUUGUACGUUAGUAUUUCACAAAGACUUCCAUUUUUCGACAACACGUUGGAUAUUGUACACUCAAUGCAUGUAAUGAGUAACUGGAUACCUACUACACUUUUGCACUUCUUGUUGUUUGAUAUUUAUAGGGUGCUUCGCCCUGGCGGUUUGUUUUGGCUUGACCAUUUCUUCUGCGUUGGUGAUCAGUUGGAGCAAGUGUAUGGGCCACUUAUCGAGAGUGUUGGUUUCAAUAAAGUGAAGUGGAUUGUAGGGCGAAAGCUCGAUAGAGGCCCCGAGCUAAACGAGAUGUAUCUUUCAGCAUUGUUGGAGAAGCCAUUGAAGAAUUCUUGGUAA